GCUUCUUCAAACUUCAUAAGAAUGUGAUUGUUACCUCUAUUUUGAAGUUCGUUUUAAAAUAUAUAUAAUUCUGGGUUCUCCUUGAUAGAUCUCGUAAUAAAUACCCUGUUCUACCCCCCAUGUCUGUGAUAGUGUCAUUCCAUCCAGUCUGUUCCACCCCUCCUCUAUAAAUUUCUUCAUCUGAUCCUCCUGUUGCCACUUUGUAAUCAGCCUUUGAGGAUUUGUUUACGCGCAGAGACGAGCAGACGACAAACAUGGUGAACGUUGGAUGGAGUAUUCUGGUUUUAUCUUGUACCUUGCUGGCUUCAGCUCGUGUAUCAAAGAAAUGCUCUGCACCGCCUGAAUACCCGCACGCCACGCUGCAAAAGAAAUACGCCAGCAGGCAGACCUUCAACAACGGAAAGAAGGUUUAUUAUAAGUGCUUCGAGGACUUCUCUCCAUCCAAAGGCUUCGGAGCUGUGCAGUGUACUGAUGGACAAUGGAGCAGACUGACUCUGAAAUGCGAGAAGCGAUCAUGCGGCAAUGCUGGGGAACUGCCUAAUGGAGACUUUGAGUAUGAAGGGAAUUCAUACAUUGGGGAGAAAGUGUACGCUGUAUGCAAGGAGGGAUACACACUGAAAGGACUCAACUACAUGAUCUGCAAGAAGUCUGGCUGGACUGGUGACUUUCCGUCUUGUGAAAAGGGCGAGGCCACCUGCCCCGCCCCUGAAGUGGCCAACUCUGUGAGCAGCCUUGGAGAGGUUUCUGUAUACCAGGUGGGCGACGUUGUGACUGUCAGCUGCAUUCAGGGUUUCCAGCUGGAUGGAGCUGAGCAGAUCAUCUGCGGUUCUAGCGGCCAGUGGCAGCCUCAACUUCCUCAGUGCCUGCCUUUACCUCAACCUUCACCUACAACUCGGUUACCUGUUAAACCAACAGGUGAAUGUGGUGUGCCAGUCACCACCAGGAACUCAAACGCCAACCUUGCUGACAAGUACGUCACAAAGACCUCUUUUGCUUCUGGUGACCGAGUGCAUUACGUGUGUGACGUUGGAUACGAACCAGCAGGCGGCAGCAGGUUUCGCAUGUGUGUUGAUGGACAGUGGACACGGCUGGUGCUAAAAUGUGAACGAAAGUCAUGUGGCUCUGCAGGAGAGAUUACUAAUGGACAGUAUACAUACACUGGAGUUGACUUCGGCGACACUGCUACAGCUGUCUGUGAUGAAGGCUAUCAGCUUGUGGGACGGGCAACCAGAAACUGCAUGAGUGAUGGCUGGGAUGGACGCCUUGCUAUCUGUGAAGCUGUGGACUGUGGAGAGCCUCCAGAAGUGCUGAAUGCAGAUAUGAUGGGCCGUAGGGAAUACUACACAUAUGGGAGCACUGUUCGCUAUCAGUGUCAUACAGGAACCCUUAACGGACCAAAUGAGAUUUGGUGUACCGAGCACGGGAAAUGGAGUGCUCUUCCUUCUAAAUGCGAAGACAUAACCUGUCUGUCUCCAAAUAUCCCCAAUGGCUUCUGGAGAGGAGCUCGGAUCCUGUAUCAUUACAGGGACGCCAUUUCAGUCCUGUGUUCCCGGGGUUACACCGUGACUGGCCCGGGAGUCAUUAUGUGUGAUCGUGAUGGCCAAUGGUCCCCUGGCCUCCCCAGAUGCACAUAUGAUCGGUCAUCUCACAGCUACUGGAGGCAGUAAAAUGGAAGCUUAAACUUGAAACUACAAUAUUCAAGCCAACCUGAUUUAACCGUUCACCAGCAGUCAGCCGUUGGGAUGGAAAUGGCUCUAAUCUACAGUCUUCCUGCUUAAAAGAAAUUCUAAAAAUUCACUUGGAAUUAUGCACUAAUUUAUAUUUUCUUACUUGCUGAUAAAACUUGUUAACUCAUUAUGCAGACAUUAAAAUAUGUUUGAAAUGAAGCUGAA